GUCGACAGUCGCGCUGACCGACGACAGGCAAUUAGCUACAGUCACGUCGGCGUCCACACCCUUGCCCAUCAUUCUGAAUCUCUACAAUUUUCACAUCGAAGCCGGUGAAUAUUCUCCCGAAAUGGCCUUCAGAAAGUCGGCGAGAGGCGACCCCAACGAUACUGGAAAUUUGCAAGCGAGUUUGGCCAGCUUUGGCAGACAAAGUCUACCUUUCUGGUCAAUAUAUGACGAUGGCAGCCUGCGUGAAAAAUGCCAUCACUACCUCACAAGAGGCUAUAGAACAAGUUCUGCCGGAAAUCGAUGACAUCGGCACAGUCGAGACAGUUGUGGCUUCUGUCAGAGGGCCAGAACAAAUGUUCGUAGAGGACAUUGUAAGAGCAUUCAGCCUCAAAACUACAAAGCCGGGAGCCCAGGAUCGACAAGUGAUGGAAGUUAUUUGAUUGGCCGCAACUCUCGAAUCAAUGACGAGUGUUCAGAUAUUGCCCAAUUCAAACAUAUCUGAACACCAAGCAGUGUCAUGGGAAUGCGGAAGUUCACUGAAGAAUACAUUGUCUGCAUUUUAUCGGGAAGUACCGAGCCUGGACUCGAAAUAUGGCGCCUUGACCCCGCACCUCACGAUACGGUCUCUGGUCAAAUUCCACGGCUACACUGUCGUGUGGACGGACUUUCUGAAUCAGCAUCUUCUUAUCGACGAGGAAUCGAGACUUGUAUGGAUCUUCCAGCAUAAAAUCUGGCUAUCUUCGCAAAUCGGCCGAUCGGAGUCUCUAGUACCACAGCCUCUGUUGCUUGAAGCCCUGGAUACGCUCAAUGUGCUUUUCCCUCCUGAUGAUGACCACACGAGACGAUUUCUACAGAGUCGAGAGCAAGAGUUCUACAGCUUGGGUCAUUGCGGUAGAGUCCCAAGCACCGAUUUAAAGAAAUAUAUGUACUGGGGAACGAAUCUAGAUCGCCUUUUGACUAUUGCAAAAGGCCCAAGAAGAGGGAUUUGGCAAUUCUUCCCCACUCCAGAUCGAUUAAAUGUCUUGGAAUCGGCGAACUUCGUCAUUGCGAGUGCGGCGCUGCUUCUUUCAAUCGUGGGAUUCGUUCUGGGACUGGUGUCUAUAAUCUACGCAAAGCUGUCUUAUCAGAUUGGGCUGGAGUCUAUUGACAUAUCUAAGGUGUCUCUGGAUAUGUCUAAUGAGUCUCUGGAGUUGACAAGGUUGCAAUACCUUCUAUCCGUUGCACAGGCUUGUUCAGAUCCUGGCCAAGCGCGAUUAUUGCCAGACUUUUGUUCUGCACAGGCCUGAAACUACGUGCAAUUUCGAGGAAGCCUGGAAAGAUACAUGUAAAGAGUAAAUGGGAACUUCUGGAAGUACCAAUCACUGACGAGGCUCUAUGUGCGAUUAAGACGCAGAGGAAGGCAUGAGCAGCGCCUGAAGUGUACAUGGCCUAGUGGUGGAUGGUUGUAUGCCUGGUUUUGGCAAGAAUGCGAGUUCGGAU